CACUGAGAGGUUAAACUCCACUGUGUACACAGUGACUCCUACUAUCAUCAACAUUAUGGCGGUAGAGCCCUAUGUUCUUCUUAACGAUGGUCACAGAAUUCCUGUUAUUGGAUUUGGGACGUAUGCCCCUGACAAGUUUCCUAAAAGCAUGGCAGAAGAGGCUACAAGACUGGCCAUUGAAGCUGGAUACCGACACAUUGACUGCGCCUACUUGUACGGCAAUGAGGUGGAAGUUGGUCGGGCCAUUAAAGAGAAGAUUACAGAUGGAACCAUAAAAAGAGAAGACUUGUUCCAUACUGGAAAAUUGUGGAGCACAUUCCACUCUCCAGAACUGGUGCGCCCAGCUCUGGAGAAAUCCCUAAAAGACCUCCAGAUGGAUUACUUGGAUCUUUUCCUCAUUCACAUGCCUGUUGAGUUUAAGCCUGGAGAAGAUCUGGUACCUUUGGAUGAAAAUGGAAAAUGUCUUUACAACAACACCGACCUCCGAGACACCUGGGCAGCUAUGGAACAGUGUAAGGACGCCGGCCUUGUGAAAUCCAUAGGUGUGUCCAAUUUUAACCGCAGCCAGCUGAAGUUGAUCCUAGAUAAACCAGGACUCAAAUACAAACCAGUCUGUAAUCAGGUAGAAUGUCACAUCUACCUGAACCAAAGCCAGCUGCUGGAGUUCUGCAAAUCACAAGAUGUCCUGCUGGUUGCGUAUAGUGUCUUGGGGUCCAGUCGGGAUGAAACAUGGGAUAUAGGUAAGGACGCCCCCGUUCUCCUGGAGGAUCCCAUUCUGCAUGCAAUAGCUGAUAAACUAGGCCGAACCCCCGCCCAGGUAGCAAUGCGGUACCUGCUGCAGAGAGGAAUUGUUGUGCUUGCGAAGAGCUUCUCUCCAGCAAGGAUCAAACAGAAUUUACAGGUUCUAGAUUUCCAUCUUUCACAAGAAGACAUGACCACUCUGGAUGGCCAGAAUAAAAAUCAGCGUUAUGACAGCAUUCUAAUGUGGAAGGACCAUCCAAAAUACCCUUAUCAUGAUGAAUAUUAGCACAGGCAACUCUAUGAAUAAGAUCUAUUCAUGUAGUCGUUCUAUGGCGUGUGCUCUAUUACUACCCAUUUCAGCAGACUCCUUAGAGGUCAUAUCCACCACUGUGAAGAAGCCUUCAUGUACAUUUAAGCAUAUCGCUGUGAAUUUUAAUGUAUAAGGCUACUUUCACACUAGCAUUUCUAUUUUCCGGUAUUCAGAGCCGUCAUAGGGUCUUAAUACUGGAAAAAAAAAAAGCUUCCAU